AUCGUAAAAUGAAUGAGAAUUUGUAACAUGCAGUCUAAGGAAAAGGGGAACGCUUCAAAAGUUCGGUUCUUUUUACCAGACUCCGUUUACAACCAUUCGCAUAAAAUAAGGUUUAUAACACCGGCUGGUCAAAUUAACCGCCAAAGUGCUUCUGAUACAUCCCCAUUGUCACUGAACAAGAAAAUCCUGAAUUUCAAAAAGGAUAUACAAAAACUGAAGUUGAAAAUGUCAAUGAACAAGGAUUCGGCAGCAGAGACAGAAAAAAGUGAGGAGUCAAGUCGAGAGAGUGAAGAAGGCAGCUCAAGUCGGUCCAACAGAUUUCCAAAAAGCUCAGACUGCUUGCCAUUUGCUCGGCAGACUGCAUCGAAUGUGACCAGAAAUGACCAAUCUAUGGACAGGGAAGCUGGACGAUCGGAACGAGCAUCAAAUUCCAUAUUUGCUAAGCCUAAUGUGCAGCCAAGAUUAUUUUUUGUUACUCCGAAUAGGCCGGUAGCACCAUCUAUGAAUUCAAAUCAAGGAAGGAUUGAAAGCAAAGGAACUACAAGCUUAAGGCCUUCAGAACUAGGCCAAGACAAUGAAAAUGGGCAUUACAGUAAACAAAACAACACUGCUUCUGUAUUGCGCAAUGAGCCUAAAAAUCUCUAUUUGAAACAGUGGACUAAUAGCUCCAAGCAAGUCCCGUAUUCAUCUUUAGAAAUUAGACCGAGAACGGAAGGAGGUAGGACACAAGAUGAAACAUACACUUAUCGUUCUGACCUUGAUAGAAACAGCUCAAUAUCACCGAAAGACCGUACCGAAUAUGUCGGUCUUCAGUCUCUAAACAGCCGGUCUCACACUAUUCCUAAUGUGCCUAGCACCCAAGAGACAAGGAAGACUGUUCUUGUUCACAAAACAUCAAGAGCCUCUGAUAAUACUGUUUCAUAUGGUGAUUCAGUUGGGGGGUUAAAUAUGACGCUAGGGGAAGGAAGAGAUACACAUAUAAGACAAGCGGAGCAUUUAAGAGUUGAUAAAACUAGAAAAUUACACUCUGAUACGACUGAAACAACUCCGGGUUACCAAUUUUUCCAGAUGAAACGGUCACCAGUGACUUAUGAUUCCGGUACAGCUUAUGAGCCAAGUAGCAAGCUACCUAGGUUGGUCGAGCGUAGCCCGGAAUCUGACGCUCAAAAGGUCCGGUUGAUAGGCAAAAAAGACUUGGCAGCUAAUGCGGACUAUGCAAGCAAAUAUAUUUCAACAAAAACUUCAUUCUCAGCUGCAGGCGACCCUACCCUUGUUAAAAACGAAAAGGGCUUUCAGCGGCAAGAAUCCCCUAGACUAAUUGGAAACUGGCAAUCGAGUAGUAAAGUUCAGUCCAUAAAUCGCGAGGUCGAUAGAGAACAGUUUUAUUUACAAAGUAAAACGUCAAGCAGCCCUGCACAAUGCAACUGUCAAGAGUGUAUAAGCUAUGGUUUGGGCAAAAAUUGCUACCCGGCAAAAAGCUACUUAGCCCCGAAGGUAGCAGAUGGUUUGAUGAAAAAGCCGAAAAGUCCCAGGUUUAGUGACGAUUAUAACCCUACUUCGAGAUAUGGUUUGUCAGAAACCAUGGUAAAGGACAGAGGCUCUUUUUACGAGCAGAGGCCGACUUUUCAUGGUGGUAGAUCGGAGCAUUUUGCUACAGGGAAUAGUCUUCAUGUACUUAAAAACAUCGACGAGAGAUCGCGAAUUUACGACAACGUGAAGAAGACGAGCAGCUUGAUGUUCUUUAGAGACUAUUCGCCAAACUCACCCCAUGGUGAUAUUAGAAAUGAAAAGUAUAACCCUCUUACUGUCUGUAUUAAUGAAGCAGACGAUGUUAAAUUCAAGCGGAAAAUUAGUGACAAGACGCAUGACGUUUGCGUGACUAAUUCCCCGAAUAGAAUUGCGGAACCCGGAAGUUUUAGUUCCAGGAACCAAGUUUCUCCGGGUCUUAUAGGUUCGAAUGGAGAUGGUUUCAGAACUAGUUUAUUGCAGUCACCGGUAUCGUCGUUACCAAAAAUGCAGAAGGCAAAUUCAGAUAAAGUGAGAAAAAGCCAUGUUAUUGUAAGUUAUUACUAUCCAAAGCAUCAAAGAGUUCUCCAAAUGGGAGACUCAAUCUCACAUUACGAGGGUGUUGAGUACCAAAUCUAUAACAAGUCUUUCGAAGUGGAGAGGGCAAUGCCAAUUGAGGAAAGGCCCGAUUUCCAGCAGCAUAGGAUCUGCUCUCUACCAAAUUCUGCCAAGAGCAUAGCUGUAGGAAUUACGUCACCCCUUGCGGGAGGAUAUGAACAAAAGGUUUCUGCUGUUGCUAGGCCAACGACAGCUGACAGUAUAACAGGGAGCAAACCGACCGUGAUUUCAAGGUCGUCAGUCGUUUCAGAAACGCCACCGAUUGCCUCUCCAUCAUCCGGAUCUUUGGAAACCGAAAGAGAAAUUGAUGAAACCGACAGUGCUCUGAGUGUCAGCGACAGUGAGGAUGAUAAUGGCAGAUUUCGUUCUAGUCAACCGGAUGCUUCGCAGGGUUCUGCAAAAGACUGGACCCAGAAGAAGUCGGGUGGUCCGAGGCUGUAUCGAUUUUUGCUUGAGCUUCUGGAGCAGCCUGAUCGAUAUCCAUGUGUUCAGUGGGUUAAUAAAGAAGAACGGAUGUUCAAGUUUUUGGACUCGAACCACGUAGCAAAAUUAUGGGGAAAGCGGAAAAAUAGACCUCAUAUGAAAUAUGAGAACUUUGCACGUUCCUUGAGGUGCUAUAAAAAUAGAGGGAUUUUGAGAAAACCACGACAGAAAUUGGUUUACCAGUUUGGAGAAGGCUGGUAGUAGAUUUGCUUAGAAUAAGGCUGUAUGUGUUAACUUUAGAUUUUGUAAUCAAGCGGAAAUAGCUGUAAAUCUAUAUUUUUAUGUUUUAUAUGAAAACUUAAUAUUCCUCUUUUUCUGUUUGGAAUAAAAACCUAAAUCAAUAGCAUCAUGUCAUGAUAUGUGUUUCAGAAUUUCCGGCUUUAACAACUAUUUUUGCCCGACGAUUUUGUUUUAGCAAUAAUUAUUAACUCAUAAAAAAAAUUAUUUUUAAGACCAAGUGCAUAAAGGCCUUUGAGUUGGGUUUUCUGUACGAAAGGCCUUUCCACCACCUUUUAUAAUAACAUUGAUAUCUUUAUAGCUAAAUUUUCACAAUUAUCAUAAUCUAUGAGUAUUGAUCGAAUUAUAUUGUUGUAUAACAAAGUGGCUAUUGAUACGUUGAUAGCAAUAGUCCAGUAGAUGCAAGUUGAGUAUUGCAUUGAUAGCAUUUCUGUUAAUGGUACAAUUGAGCCAUCUCUUACCUUUUUUAUCAAGUAAUUGAACGUUAUUUUCAUUCCCUCUUGUUAGGAUAUAUCCUAGAAGAUCUCAGAAUUUUUUUAAUCUAAAUGAAAACACCAUUAAGAGUAUAAAGCGUGCCCCUUUUAAGCGCUUGUAUCAUAAGCAAGUGUAGGUUUUACUCUUUUCAUGCCUGAGUGAAGUUAAAUAUUCAUUAAAGACUUUAAUCUUGCAGAAAAUUUCCAUAGAGUUUAAACUAGUUUUGGCGAACUCUUUUAAACGAGAAAUGUGGGUCUGUAGCAUGAAGAACUUGAUGUAACAACAUCGAGCACCUCAAUCUUCUGAUUGAAUUUUUUCUGCACAUACAAAAUCGUAUUGACGAAUUCGUUUUGAAGUCGACUGUAUUUUGUAAGGUGAUGUCUGAUGUUGUGGAAAUGUCAAGUUGUAUUAAUGUACUCUACGCUAAGGCUGAGUCAGACCACUCCCCAGGGGUGUAGUGCUGUCAAAAUAACAAGGGGGAGGGUCUUGCGCAAAACACUACGAAAAACGAUAGCAAAAGUGAAAAUUGGCUACUUUUCGGCAUUAACAGAGCCCCCUGGCACUACGCCCAUGCCGCUUCCUAUGUAUUUUUUGUAUGUAAUAAAUUAUAGCCUAAGUUUGAUUGUUCAGACUCUACUUUUACUUGAAAUUAAGAUUUGAUGUUAUCCAUAAUGCUCUUGUGAGUUUUUGAAAUUGUUCUCAUCAAAAUUGAUUUCUAGAAUGUUUUAUGCCUGAAACUAGCACUGUAUCGUCUGGUGAUUUCUUGGAUGCUCUUGAGGGCGUGAUAGUUAGUAUCAGCAAGAUAAAAUAUUUCUUUGGAAACCCCAAAUAUUUGUAAAUAAUUAUACGCAAGCUCUGACAGGAUACGCUUUCUAAGCGAUCAACGAAUGAAAUAGUUAGGCUUCAAACAAUUACUAUCAUGGAAUUGUCUAGUUUCCAUACUGUUCGACCUGAUAGUCAUAAAUAAGCAUGAUUUAUAGUCAUAAAUUAGCAUGAUUAAUUAUUUCAAGUAGAGGGUUAGGGUGAGGGUUAGGUUUAAGGCAAACUUAUUACGUCAUCAGGUCGAGCAGUAUGGAAUCUAAACAGCUCUGAUUAUCAUUGGCUUAAAAGUUCUAGCGCAACCGGCAUGCUUUGCGAUCAUAUUUUUAAAACCGGCUUAAUAUCGUACUGCAUGAAAAUAGAAAGCACGACCAAUUUCUCAAGACAGCUGCCGCUAAGCAUGCCGGUUGCGCAAGAGCCUUUAAACGCCAAUCAACAAAUAGUAUUCUUGUGUUUGAGCUGUGUCAGAGUUUGCUUGCAAAAAGUGAUUGUUGUCUUCUAAGAACGAUUAUCUUGGUCUAUACUUAUCAUUAAGCAUUUUAAAAUCAUUUAUGCAAUCCUGUGGAGGGACUUUCUUUUGAAUUUGUGGUGAUUUGUUGUUGCGAACAAUCUUUGCUGGAAAGAUCGUUAGUGAAGUCGGGUAGACAAAACAGCUGAAUAUUCACGUUUGCUUGACUUCAAUUGCUUAACUUAUUGUAACAAAUUUCGCACAGAAUAGGGUCCCUCAUAGAGAGCAGUCAGACGAUCCCUAAGUGCGUUCAGGGGAAUCAAUAGAAACCACGUUUUCUUUGACUGACAAUACCCGAGGGGCAAAUCACUGCUUAAAAUCACGUACGCUCUCAAGAAUAAUCACAAAUGAGUCGCAUUAAUAAAAAAAUCAAAUUAAUCACAAAGUAUAACAUCAAUCAUAAAAGUUACUUAAAACAAAUAUUAGAAUCCUUGCCUAAUUUUAUCCGCAUAUGUUAUUGAAAAAUUCAUUGAUACAGAGGUGGAUCCAGACAAUUCACGAUUUCGCAGUUGCAACUGUUACAUUUAUGGGAAAUGAUUUAUGUCAGAUUCUUGUAAUUUCUACAGAUAAAGUUUGAUAAUCAAGUUCCAUAUUUCUGGAACCUGUAACUUUUUAUAUCGGUAAAAGUUUCAGGAAUGACAGUUUAAUUUCCCAAUAGCGACAUCACUUGCGGAGGCAGAGAACAGAGUACAUGCAUUUGUCUUAAUGUCUUUUACAAGGUGUUCAACAGCUGUUCACUGUUUUUCAUUCCAGGCAAUUUGGAUCCAUGUUGCUAAUGCUAUUGUUCAGAAAAGAUAGCUUUUUGAUGCAUAUUCAAAUUCUUUAGAAAAAAGUUGACGGCCCACAGAAAAGAGCACUUGCAUUUGUCUUAAUGUCUCAUUCAAAGUGAUCAACAACUUUUCGCUGUUUUUCAUUCCAGGCAAUUUGCCUCCAUGUUACUAAUGCUACUGUUCAGUAAAGAUAGCUUUUUUGAUGCAUAUUCAAAUUCUUAUGACGAAAAUAGCAGCCCACAGAACAGAAAACAUGCAUUUGCUUUAAUUUCUUUUACAAGGUGUUCAACAACUGUUCACUGUUUUUCAUUCCAGGCUAUUUGGAUCCAUGUUGCUAAUGCUAAUGUUCAGGAAAGAUAGCUCUUUUGAUGCAAAUUCAAAUUCUUAUGACGAAAGUUGACGGCCCACAGAAAAGUUCACAUGCAUUUGUCUCAUUCAAAGUAAUCAAUAACUUUUCACUGUUUUUCACUUCAGGCUACUGUCACCAACCUACAAUAUUGAUUUAAUAUUUUGCUUAUGCUGCUGUUCAGAAAAGAUAUCUCUGUUUUUAGUUGUUAAUGUUUUUUUAAACUUUUGCACCUUUUUCGUUUGCAAAUCUGCAACGGUCAAAUUUUUUCUGGGUCAACCCCUGUCCUGAACUGCUAAUUUUUCUUUUUCAAUUUCAUAUGGUGUGUUGCAAAAUCGUUGACGACGUUUAUUGAGCAUGAAAUUAUUUCAGAGCACUUUUGAAUCUGAUUCAGUCUCUAAAAAAUCAAAAAUUAAUCAAAUUAAUCACCUUUAUCACUAAAAAUCAAAUUAAUCACACACAAAAUUGAUUCAAUCACAAAUUAAUCACUAGCGAUUAUUAAUCUCGUACACCAUUUUAAGAGUAAUUUGCCCCUCGACAAUACCCAUACACCGUAGCAAGUCCACCAUUGGUACCAGAUCCUCAAGAAACCCGGGAUACGCUAGUGAAGAUCGUUACGAUGAAGAAGAAGUGGACGCGAAAGAGAUGAAAUGAGGGGAAGAAGUUUUUUUCUGAUCCUCAGUCAAAUAAAUCUUUCGGUGAUUGCGCAGCAUUUCCGUUAGAUGUGAUUGGUUUUUUCUAUAAGCUUGGUGAAUUUGAAGCUUAAUUAAUUGCAUAAUUAAGUCAAGAAUUGAUUAAUUUUGUAAUUUGAUCAUAGUUGCAUUCAUUGUUUAAAAUUUUCUUUAGAUUGUUUGGUAUAAUGGUAGAAUAAAUUGAAUUUGAAAUUAUGAUACUGAAGUAAGGAUUGACAAUUUGCUCUUUCAAGUCUACAUGAUUACAGACACCAUUUGAGAUCACAUAUCCGAGCUUGAUUGACAUUUUUAAGUUUAAUCAAUCAUUCUAGGAUCUAAGAAAUAAAUA